GUAAACUAACCCCCUAAAGUAUCCUGUCCUGUCAUGGGGUUUCUGGGUCGGUGUUCAUUCCACUUGCGCAGCUCGCGCCUCCACCAGCUGUUGCCAGUUAAAUUAAGGCUGGAACAAGGACUUUCGUUUCAGCGCUGUCGUCUGCUCGUCGAUAGAGUACAUUUUGCUUCAUCUAGCAGUAAUCUUGUGGACGUCAAAAUGAAACAAGAAUAUCCUGCUGCAAGACGGGAUGAAACUGUGGUCGAGGAGUUUUUUGGAGUGAAGGUUGCUGACCCAUACCGUUGGAUGGAAGACCCUGAUGCUGAAGAAACCAAAGCAUUUGUUGAUGCCCAAAAUGCCAUAUCUAGACCUUUCAUUGACUCCUGUCCUGUACGGAAAGACCUUCACAGCCAGUUGACCAAGCUGUGGGAUUUCCCAAAAUAUACUUGCCCUCACAAAAAGGGCAACCGUUAUCAUUUCCGAAUGAACACUGGUCUUCAAAAUCAAAGCGUUCUUUACAAUCAGGAUACCUUGGAUUCUGAGCCUCGUGUUUUCUUGGACCCUAACCUUCUGUCUGAUGAUGGCACUGUUGCCCUGUCUCUUUCAAAGUUUACUGAAAAUGGAGAGAAAUUUGCUUAUGGCCUUAGUCAUAGUGGAUCUGACUGGAACACUGUCCAUUUCAAGGAUGUUGAAACUGGUGAUGACUAUCCAGAAAAAUUAGAAAAAGUCAAAUAUUCUUCCCUUGCCUGGUCUCCUGACAAUAAUGGAAUUUUCUACGGAUGCUACCCUGAUCAAAAUGGCAGAUUUGACGGAUGUGAAACUGAAGGUAGCAUAAACCAUAAACUCUACUACCACAAGCUUGGUACCCCACAGUCAGAGGAUAUUUUGGUUGUUGAGUUCCCAAAAGAGCCCCUUUGGCGAAUAGGUGCUGAGCUCAGCGACUGUCAGCGAUACUUGAUUGUGACAACAAUGAAAGAUUGCAGAGACAAUAUGGUGUUCAUUUGUGAUCUAGAAGCUCUACCUGGUGGACAGAUAACAGAAAAAUUACCCUUAAUUCAAAUUGUUCAUGAGCUGGAUUCUGAUUAUGAUUAUGUCACCAAUGAAGGAAAGGAUUUCAUUUUCCAUACCAACAAGGGAGCACCAAACUACCGACUUAUUAAGAUAAAUAUUGAUGACCCUGGUAAAGAUAAAUGGGAAACUCUUGUUCAAGAAGACAAGAAAGAUGUAUUGUCCUGGGCUGUUUGCGUUGCCCAAAAUAAAUUGGUACUCUGUUACAUACAGGAUGUAAAGAGUGUUCUACAACUUCACGACCUUGGCUCAGGAGAACAUCUAAAUACCUUUCCGUUAGAUGUGGGAUCUAUUGUUGGAUUUUCUGGUCAGAAAGAUCAAACUGAAAUAUUUUAUCAGUUUACCAGUUUCCUUACCCCAGGAGUAAUUUACCAUGUUGACCUCACUCAAUCUACCAUUGAACCAAAGGUUUUCAGAGAAAUUAAGGUGGGAAAUAUUGAUUUGAAUCAGUUUGAGACCACUCAAGUAUUUUACAACAGUAAAGACGGUACAAAAGUGCCUAUGUUCAUUGUCCAUAAAAAGGGCUUGGUGAAAGAUGGAAAAAACCCAUGUUUGGUCUAUGGAUAUGGAGGCUUCAAUAUAAGCUUGCAACCCACAUUCAGUGUGACCAGGCUUAUCUUUAUCCGUCAUCUUGGUGGAAUUUUAGCCAUUCCCAACCUUCGUGGAGGAGGAGAAUAUGGUGAGAAUUGGCAUAAUGGUGGCAGACUGCUUAACAAGCAAAAUACUUUUGAUGACAUGGCAUCUGCUGCUGAAUAUUUAAUUGAUCAAAAGUACACAUGUAGAGACAAGUUAGCUAUUCAAGGAGGCUCUAGUGGAGGCAUGACUGUUGGUGCGUGCGCUAAUCAGAGGCCUGAACUCUUUGGUGCUGUAAUUUGUCAAGCGGGAGUUAUGGACAUGUUGCGUUUCCACAAAUUCACAAUUGGCUACUGCUGGGUGUCUGACUAUGGAAGCCCUGACGAGAAGGAACAUUUUUUCAACUUGAAAAGCAUAUCUCCACUUCACAACAUUAAAGUACCAGAACGCAAUGAUGUUCAGUAUCCAGCUGUCCUAGUCUUCACUGCAGAUCAUGAUGACAGAGUUGUGCCACUUCACUCUUUAAAGUACAUAGCUGAACUGCAACAUACCAUUGGCAAGUCUGACAAGCAGACUAACCCUCUUCAAAUCUACAUUGACACGAAGUCUGGACAUGGGCAUGGGAAGCCAACAGCCAAAGUGAUUGAUGAAUGCGCUGAUAUUCUUAGUUUCCUAUGGAAAACAUUGAACCUGACCUAUUUUAAAUAAUGCCAAUGCCUGUAGAGUCAUAAGAAGUUUACAGUGCGCACAUUUUUUACCUUUUCUCCAGAUGAAAAACUAUUUUACUCGCAUGUUUUGUCAUUUAAACAAAUAUUAUAGAUAAUUUGUAGAAAAUAAGAAUGAAAAUGAGAGUUUCUAACACAAAUUACCUGUAUAACCAUCUGAUUUACACUAUUUGCUGUGUUUACUGGUUAUGUUUUCAUAAGAACUUGCUUGGCUCACACUUCUUACUCAAAAGUCUGAAUUCUCAUAAUGUUGCUAUACAUAAUAGCUUGUUUAUUUUUUAGAAGGAUGUGUUGUAGCAUAUUCUGAAUCUUCAAUCCCAGUGCCGGUGGUAUUACGCAAACCCUAAUUAUUUUGUCACAUAUAAUGUAUUAAAUAUCUAUGAAGAUUUUGCUGUGAUAAGAUAACUAUUAGGCUUACUGUAAUUCUUGUGGUGUAAUGUAUGCUUAAUGAUCUGAUAAACCAAUGUUAAUAUUAAUAUUGUGAUACAUACUACAUAGCAGCAAUUUUCAAGUCAUGUUGGUGCCAUUGUUCAUUAUGUAUUUGUGAAGUAAUCAGUAAGUGUGAAAGAGGAAAGUUGCACAUUUGGCUUCUAAAGUUAAACUUGCAACAUCAGUUGGACUGAGAAUAGGUCUCCUAUUUGAGGCUGGCCCAGAUUGAAAUAAAUGAAGUGAAAAGGGCAGCCUACUACUCUUGAGUUGUCAGUACAAGUCAAUGUUUUCCAUGUACUGGUAUUACUCACAUUCAUGUUAUUGAAAUCAUUUAACGAAUUAUUAUCUUUAAUUAGCAGACUGAGUAAUCAAUUUACAAGGUUUGACUAAGAUCACCAUUUCUACAAGUAUGGAUUGGAGUAUUUGGGAAGUAAUACAAAGUUUUUUGUCAACAUACCAAUUCAGCAUUGUGCAUUUACUCAAAUUGCGGCUCAAUAAAUAAAAGUAUUAAAUAUGUAA